AUGCUGUCCGCGAGCCCAAGCGAGGCCGCGAGCACGUCGGGGCUGCCCCUGCAUGCGCAAGCAAAUGCCGAAGUCCACAAGAUACCGCAGAUUCUGCCGCGAGAGCGCGUCUUUCCCAUACAGAUUGGGGGCGAGCUGUUUAAGCUGUCUGGGGCUUCAAUCUCAUCUGAUGCGCCGUCGUACUUUUCGCAAUAUUUCCUCUGCCAGAUCAAAGCGGCCGAGAGCAAAGGCGAGGAUCCAUCAUCGUCAAUUCGGACCCUAUAUAUCGAUCGCGAUCCGAAGACGUUUCGAGAUAUUGCGCUACAUCUACAGGGCUACCAUGUGAAGCCGCGGGAUGGAACACACUUUGUGCGCUUAUUUGCGGACGCCCAAUUCUACAACCUCCCCAAGCUCAUCUCUCAGCUCAACGAGGAGAGCAUUUUCAUCUCCAUUGGCCACCGCGAAUUCCAGAUCCCGCGCGACGUUCUCAACGAUCCCGCCAAUUCCCCAAACUACUUCUCCCUAGGCUUCGCCCUCUUCUUCUCCCAGCCAAACGACCUAUUCCCCGGCCUCGAUCGCGAAGGGCUGAUACGUCCACCCUCGAUACUUCCACCCUCGGUGCCUAAUCGCAACGCCGAUACCUUUGCCGAGCUGCUGCGCUUGCUGCGUGGCUAUCCCGUCAGCGUCCGGGACGAGACUCAUCGCCAGGAGCUCCUUCGAGACGCUCGAUAUUUCCACUUCAAAGGCAUUGAACAGCAGCUUGUUCCCCACUCCAUCAGCUACAACCCCUUGCGCCAAGUCGACGAGAUUGUGCUGCGGUUGGAGAAUGUGCAGAAGAGCGGCGUCAGCAUCUCGGCCCCCGAGGACUUUGACGGAGCAUUCCGACGCCCUGUCAGGCAUGUCCGAUAUGCACGCCCAUACGUGGACAGCAAGCCCGCAGAGUUGAUAUUGGAGAUUGGAGGAAUCACGACAAAGCUCAACUUCUCAGCUGGGGGAGCCAGAGCAGAGUUCUUUGAAGGUACGAAGGCGAGGGUAGCGAGACUGCUCGAGGUGGUUGCGACAAAGCUCAACCUGCCUCCGACUACGCAGCCGCUCGGUCUCCUCAUGGCAUCAGGCGGCGCCAGUUCGCAACCAGCCACGCCGGGUAACACCCCGCUCAGCGAAGAUCUCGUUCGAGUCGUCUUCGAAGCCGAGUCUGCAAUCACCCUUGAUGGCGAGGACUACGAGGGGGACUUGAGCAGCUACAGAGACGAUGACGCCACUCCCGCUUUUACUCCCGACGCCGAGGCCCCUGCGAACCCCAGGAAGCGCCACCGGACAGGCGAGAGCGUCGACAUUGGCCUGCCCACCGACGGCCAGCAGUGGGCCGUCAGGACGGGGCUCUUUCGGCUGCGUAUCCAGGAGAGCAAGGGCGGGAAGAGUGCGGUUGAGUGCGCUUUUGUGGCGGUCAAGAUUGAUGCCGUGAGUUCGGAGAGGGGCAGGAAUAAGAUGAGGAAGUUUCUGGGGGAGUGA